GAGAGAAAUGCAAAGGGAUGUAAGAUGGCAGAGCUACAAAUGCUAUUAGAGGAGGAAAUCCCUGCCGGCAAAAGAGCUCUUGUGGAAAGCUACCAGAACCUGUCCCGGGUCGCGGAAUACUGUGAAAAUAAUUAUGUUCAGGCUCAAGACAAGAAGAAGGCCCUGGAGGAAACCAAGGCCUACACCACCCAGUCCCUGGCCAGCGUGGCCUACCAGAUCAAUGCCUUAGCUAACAAUGUGCUGCAGCUGCUGGACAUCCAGGCCUCGCAACUACGACGCAUGGAGUCCUCCAUCAACCACAUAUCCCAGACAGUGGAUAUUCAUAAGGAGAAAGUGGCCCGUCGAGAGAUCGGAAUUCUGACCACAAAUAAGAACACCUCUCGCACCCACAAGAUCAUCGCCCCGGGCAACAUGGAGAGGCCGGUGCGCUACAUUCGAAAGCCCAUCGACUACACACUGUUGGAUGAUGUGGGACAUGGUGUCAAAUGGCUUAAGGCCAAGCAACAUGGGAACAAUGCAGCAGGAAGAGGAGGGACAAUCUCCAGGACCAACCCACCCACACAGAAACCACCAAGCCCCCCCAUGGCUGGUCGCGGUACCCUGGGGCGUAACACUCCCUACAAGACUCUGGAGCCGGUGAAGCCUCCAGUGGUGCCCAAUGACUACAUGACGAGCCCGGCCCGACUGGGCAGCCAGCACAGCCCUGCACGCACAGCCUCGCUCAACCAGAGGCCCAGGACACACAGUGGCAGCAGUGGUGGUAGUGGCGGCAGGGAGAACAGUGGAAGCAGUGCAGUUGGUAUCCCUCUAGCAGUUCCCACCCCCUCCCCUCCCAGUAUGGGGCAAGUGGCAACAUCCUCGGCCUCAGUGCCCCAGGGCCCCGGCUUGGGUCCCAUACCCAUGUCCCAAUUCGGCACCAUCUCCCGCCAGAUCUCCCGUCACAACUCCUCCACCACCUCCUCGGCCUCCAUGGUGUCGGCCACCGGCACCUACCGCCGCGCGCCCUCUGUCUCCUCCCAGCAGCCCCACAUUAAUGGGGGCCCUGCCUACCCACAGAACUCAGUGUCUGUGGCUCCUCCGCCUCCUCCUCCAAUGGUCCAGCUGACCCCACAGAUCCCUCUGACCGGCUUUGUGGCCAGAAUGCAGGAGAGCAUAACGGACAGCCCUGCCCCACCUCCUCCGCCUCCCCCAGAGGACAUUGGCGUGUUUGAGGAGCCCUCUCCCCCUCCUCCUCCCCCACCUGUGGACUACGAGGAAGAGGAGGCCGCGGUGGUUCAUUACAGUGAUCCCUACUCUGACGGAGACCCCCAGUGGGCGCCCAAGGCUUAUUUAGAGAAAGUUGUGGCCAUCUAUGACUACGCCAAGGACAAGGAGGAUGAGCUGUCCUUCAUGGAAGGAGCCAUCAUCUACAUAAUCAAGAAAAACGAUGACGGCUGGUUCGAAGGUGUCUGCAACGGCGUCACAGGACUCUUCCCAGGAAACUACGUCGAGUCGAUCAUGCACUAUGCUGACUAAAAAAAAAAAAAAAACCCCACCCGAAAUGGCACUGCAGUUUUGAACAGAGGUAAAACCGUGAGGAUGUACAGAUGUAUGCAGUCCAUCGAUUGCAGUUCAUGCGGCUCCCAUUACUGAAUGAAGUGCCAUUUCAAGUGAAUUUACAAAUGGUUUUCUUUUGGGGGGGCUUGUGCUUGCACGGUUUUGUUGUGCUCAAAAAAAAAAAAAAGUAUCGCACAAAGAAGGAGGAUGCUGAAGCUUUGGAAGACUGGGGUCUGUUAGUUUACACUGUGGACAGAAGGGAGGAGAUAAAGGCCUUUUUUGCUACCACUGUCACAUCCGUGGUGGUCGGUUGUACUUUUCCAAACUUCAGCUGUCACAUUUUGCCUCACCAGAAAUUACAUACAAUCAGAGUAGUUUAAAGAAUGCCAAGUAGAUCUAGAUUUAGUGUUAAUUUGUGUAAGUGCAACCAACAUUUCCAGUAUUUCCAGUAUGCAGUAGAUCUAGACAGGGAAGUAUUACUACGAUUUCAUGGAUUAAUGAGGCAGAGCAGCAUUGUUCUGAUGUGAACGCUGCACAGACGCUCCUACCCAUUUCUUUGCACUGUAGGCCAGCAGACCAACCCUUCCCUCCUUUCAAAUAAACAUCCAUCUUACCUUAUCAAAAAAAAAAAGGACAAACAUCAACAAGUGCAUUAGGACACGACUGAAUGUUCAUUGCCGUUGAUGUCCAAAUCACAAGAUGUUUGAGAGGGCACAAAAGCAACCUGGAGUUGUGUAUUUACUAUGCUCUGUGUCAGUGAGGAUGCUGUUCAAAAGGGUGAACUGAGUGUAUAGAAUGCAUUACAAAAAAAGAAAACAGUUUCUUCUUUCUGGUGAAAUUUCUUUUCUGUUCUCUAACUUGUAUAUAAACCGUAACGUGAGAAGAUGCCAGUACAGUACAUUUGUCAGUUAGUGUGUUUCACUCGUAAGUUUCCAUUAGCUUCAGUGGAAGUGAUGCCAAGAUUGGAUGUUUUUACUUUUUGAUUUGUUUAUUUUUACUUGAAUAAUAAUUUUAUUCAUCACUCGCAGUGCCAUUUUAACUUGAUCUGGGCAAAGUGGCCGUGUAUAAACUUUUUCUUUUUCUUUGUUCAGUCACGACUAUAUCGUUUUGAUCAUUGUCACUAUAUUUGCCGAUGCUGUCCAGCUACUGUAGCAGAGCUCUGAGGUGUUUCAGAGGAAGGACUAACACGUGUGUUUUCAUGUUGUUUUCCGUUGUGUUGGAAUAUCUGCACUGACUAGUUAUCAACAGCUAUGAUGACUUUGUGAUUGCCGCCAUUGCUUUGAUUUUUUUACACAGCAGUUGCUAUCCAGAAGUAUCAACUAACCUUUACACUUGUCUGUUCUUUCAGUGGUUGCUGGUGUGGUGCUUUACAUUGGUGCUCAAUACCCAUAAUCACCAACCCAAACAACCUCAAGACUAGACUGCUCUAUAUACUGUAGAAAUGUAACAAGGGACUUUAGUUGUAGAUGGUGAACAUCCUUCAGAUCUGUCACCUCUGCAUUUUAGUGAAUGUAGGCAACUCAGCAGUAAUGUACUAAAGCUUGAUUCAGUCUGCUGCUUACAGUAUGGUUUUGUCUAUCUACACACAGAUACAGAUAAAACAGAUAAAUGUCUGUGCUACAUAUGAAUGACCCCUGCUAGCUGCAGUGAAGGAAUGAAUUCCAAUCCACAGGUCUUAAAAACAGUGCUGAUAUGAAGACUUCUGUUCUGAUUUCUAACACUUUUACCAAAAUAAGAUUCCUGCUCUUACAAAGUGAUAGUUGGUGCACGUAAAACCCGCUGUCAAAUAUCAUUAAAGCUUAUCUCCGAUGUCCGUGUGUGUAACAAGCCACAUAAGCGAACAUAAUCAUAUGUACUUUGUCAAAAAAACGGGCAUUGAACAUGAACUUUUAUUUUGAAAUGGAGGCAGACUUCCUCAUGUGAGACGAGUACGAUCCAUUUUCACAAAGACAGACUAGGGAAGACACUGAGUCAAAUGAACAGUAUUCAUUCAGCCUCUGUGCAUGAAAAGUAUCUAAAUGUCAUUACAGUGAAUGACCACUACAUCCCAUUCUUGAUUGUAUUUUUUCCAUCAUGAGGUAAUUUUUUGUGAGAAAACAACUUUUUCUACCUAAUGUAUUUCUAGCUUUGCAUUCAACUUGUUUUUGUGUCAGAGACUGCUGAGGAAGGCUCGCUAGCAGUUUGUAUGUAAAGGAUUAAUUUAUACUUUUUUCAUAGAGAAACCAUGAGACAACCACUGAUGUGCAGAACUUUUUAAUGUUUACCACUUAACGUCUAGCAUUUCAGGGCAUCACAGGUCAAGGCGCCUUUCUUUGAUGUGUGUUUUCUUAAUGAUGAAAGGUGGGGUGGGGGAGGGAUCAGUAACUUAAAAUGUUCAUGGGAACAGAAUCCAAUAUUUGUCUUCUCCUCUCAGUUUGUACAUAGGAUGUGUCCAUUCAAAUUUAUGUACAGUCUUUUUGUAAUAAACAGCUCAUUGAAACAA